ACAAAACGCUCGACUUUGCGGAUUUCCCUUUUCUUUGGCCUUCGUCGAUAUUUCAAGACUAGUCCAGUUCAUCCUACCGAUUUAAGUUCUCAUCCAUGCCCGACUCCGCGCCCACCACGGCCGUGGCGCCCGCCCAGCGCAAAGAGAACAAACGGCUGGCCGAGGCGCAAGAGAAGUAUGGCCGCGGCAAGGCCAUCCACACGCAGGGUGUGCGAGACAAAAAGCUCCGUCGAACACUGAAGGGCGUGGAGGAAAAGUACCAGGAUGCGGCACUGAAGGCCAAAGACGCGGAGAUCCUGCUGGAACACGAUGCGGGAUUCAUCGAGACGGAAGGCGAGCUCGAACGCACGUACAAAGUCCGCCAGGAUGAGAUCCGCCAGAACGUGGGCAUCGAGACGGCGAAGAAGGGCUUCGAGCUGAAGCUGAACGACCUGGGCCCUUACCGGCUUGACUACACGAGGAACGGAAAGGAUCUGCUGCUUGCGGGCCGCAAGGGACAUGUCGCGACGAUGGACUGGCGGGCUGGCAAGCUGGGGUGCGAGCUCCAGCUGGGAGAGACGGUGCGGGAUGCCAAGUGGUUGCAUAAUAACCAGUACUUUGCGGUGGCGCAGAAGAAAUACAUUUACAUCUACGACCACUCGGGAGCGGAGGUGCACUGUCUCAACCGGCAUCUGGAGCCGCUCUUCCUCGAUUUCCUGCCCUACCACUUUCUUCUCGUGGGCGCUCAAAUGAGCGGCCACCUCAAGUACACCGACACCUCGACGGGCCAAAUGGUGGCAGAACUGCCCACCCGACAGGGCGCACCCACCUCCCUCUGUCAGAACCCCUGGAACGCAAUCAUGCACGUCGGCCACCAGAACGGAACGGUGACCUUGUGGUCGCCAAAUUCGCAAACGGCUCUCGUCAAAGCUCUGGUCCACCGCGGUCCCGUGCGGUCAAUGGCCAUAGACCGUCAAGGUCGAUACAUGGUGUCAACAGGACAAGACAUGAAGAUGAACGUCUGGGACAUCCGCAUGUUCCGCGAAGUGCACUCCUACUCGUGCUACCAGCCGGGUGCGUCCGUCUCGAUCAGCGACCGCAACCUAACAGCCGUCGGCUGGGGCACGCAAGUCAGCGUCUGGCGGGGCCUAUUCGACGCGGCGCUCGCCGACCAAGGCAAAGUGCAGAGCCCCUACCUCAACUGGGGCGGCGACGGCCACCGCAUGGAAAGCGUACGCUGGUGUCCCUUCGAAGAUGUCCUGGGCGUGACACACGACAAAGGCUUCGCGAGCAUCCUGGUCCCCGGCGCCGGCGAACCCAACUUCGACGCCCUGGAGGCCAACCCGUACGAGAACACCAAGCAGCGCCAGGAAGCGGAAGUGCGCGGCCUGCUGCACAAGCUGCAGCCGGACAUGAUCUCGCUGGACCCGCACUUCGUCGGCAAGCUAGACACCAUCCGCGACAAGAAGAACCGCGAAGAGAAGGACCUCGACCGCCGACCCGAGGAUCCCAUGGAGAAGCUGAAGAACCGCGGGCGCGGGCGCAACAGCGCGCUGCGCAAGUACCUCCGCAAGAAGGGCCGUCGCAACGUCAUCGACGACAAGCGCAUCAAGGCCGAGAUGCUGCGCAAGGAGCACCAGUCGCGGGCUCGCGAUCGGUUGCAGACGGAGCGGGAGGAUCUGGGACCUGCGCUGGGGAGGUUUGCCAAGAGGGAGGUUUGAUCUUUUCUCUCCCCUUCCUUGUUGUUUUCACUUGUCUGUUUUUUUCGAGAAGGGGUGCGCUGUCAGAUACCCAAGACCUCUCAUCGACUCAUGAUAUGUGUGCAUUUGUGGCGUUUUUCU